AUGCAAACGCACGGGACAAAACACGCACGUGCAGACGCGCAUGUCCUGGGGAGCGACGCGCGCUCUUCAACCUCUUUGACUGGACUUUUCUUGUGCUAUUGCUGCGUGAGACUGGGCUGGAUUUUAAAAAGUCGUUGCUUGGUGAUGGGUGCGCAUGAGGUUGGGGCAAGGCAACGAUAG